ACGCUCGAAGGGAGGAGCUGCGUGCGCAUGUUUUCCCGGACCGUUCACCCCUGAUUGUUUUUUAGUGACAAUUAGCCGAGGGUAAGCUACGUUCGUUUGAGAGUCGGUCGGACGUUCGCGCGACACGUUGUUCGAGUUGCGACAGGUCGCGAAAUACGCGCGCGUGAAAGUCAAUCGCGGUGAAAGCCGGUCGGGAUGGUUAGCCUCUUAUUUACGAAGCGCGCAGAGGGUAACCUUUCUCCAUGAGUUUACGGCCGGCGCUAUUGGAGAGCGGCAGAAGGGGCGAGAAGAAGGAGAGGAGGGGAAAAGGCAAGGGCAGAUGCGAAGUGAGCGUUUCCCGCGCGACGCACACGUGAGUAGAGUGCGAAGCGAUGUGAGAGUUGCGUGUCAACAUUAUCGAAACGUCAAGCGCCGCGCGACGAAUCCGCUUUUGUCCAACUUCGCGGCGUAAGUUCAUUUGUCGGGGACGCGAUAAAUCGGAAAACGAUGAGUGCCGCGGUAUGACAUUGACAUUCGUCCGGUUGACGCCGAGAAAAAUCCCUCGCUCGGCGACGCUUCGAGGACGAAAUAACAUUUACGUUUCCGAGAUUUAGUGGAGAUAUCGAUAUGCUAACGCGUUAGGAACUUGUAAUUGCGUGUUUGUGUACGUAUCUCGGUAAACACGGAAGUGUGUUGUCUCAGUGUGAUUGUUUUCAUAUAUUAUACCUCAGAUGCCAUAAACAAAAGUCAACAGUUAAGUAAACUAGUUAAAAAGUAGUUGAAGUUAAUAAACACGUGUGAGACUGUUAUCUUUAUUUGCCGAUGGCCUGAUACAGAUAUUAAAGUGACCUUUGCAUGUGUUGUUUGGUUAAAAUGCGGAAUAUAACAUAACUAACCUUGUGUAAUUUUAUCGAUGGCAACGCGUGAAUAUAUCGUUUAAUAUGUCACUUACCCCGCACCGUACGCGUGGCGUCGAACGGCAAGCAAGGUAGCUGCACGACGGAACGUCGGAUUUUCAUUUCGGGGCAGGGUAAAAACGGCGUCGUCCCGAGCACGAUGGAGGAAGUCGAGAGCAUGCACGUCGCAUCGUGUCAGACGCCGCACGUCUCCGUCGACACCAGCAGGCACAAUUCCCACGACAGCAUCGAUAGCGGCUACCUGUCUAUUCUGACGCCGCAUACCAGCGGUUGCACCUCGGCGGUGGUGAGCGGUUACAGGACACGAUCGUCCUCCGGCGCGUUAUUAUCCGCCAAGAAGCACUGCAGAUUCCGUGCGGAUCCAUUUCAAUGCGAGAAGGUGCAGAGACACCGCUCCAAGCUCAAUCACGCAUUGAACGCAUCGGAAUCCGACUACCUCAUCUCCGAGAGUUCCAUUGAACAAGAAUCGGUGCUGGAAUCGUCCUGCACGAAUGUCAACCAAAGUCUCAGUCUGGUGCACUCCACGCCGAGCUGCGUUGACAAUAAGUGCGCCGAGAUUCUCGGGAUCAAGAACAGAAGGAAUUGGAGAAGCACGGUACUCAUCACUCCUGCGUCCAAGGAUUUCCAACUCUUGUCACCACCUCCAUCGCCGGCGGUGCCCUCGUCAUCUUACGUGGCCUCGGAGCCCGUUCAGGAAGAUGUGGAAAUGAAGCUAGUCCAUUCAACGAAAAGUAAAUCGCAGGUCACAACACCGCCAAGACUCAAAGUCGCGAUACCGCGGAUUAUAAUCUCACCGGCACGCAAAAGACUCAGUCCCGUGAUCACGUCGGUGGAGAAUCGGAAAUUGAGUAAACUGUCUAUCACAGACUUGGCCGUUAUAUCGGAGAUCAAACCGAAGAGGCUGGACUUUAGCCACCGUGGCCUGUGCGUAACGCUACGAAAAAAUCGUAGAGCUACUUUGGAUUAUACAGGAAGAGAAAAGGUGGAUUUCUUGUUCCUCCUAGGAGAGGAGAGCAACCACUUGAACUUAGUGUCGAAAAUUCUAUCUUACCUCGGACCUUCGGAUCUGUGUUCGGUCAGUAUGGUGUCCACAGCUUGGAGGAGGAUUUGCGAGAGCGAUUUUUGUGCCAAUGGAAGAAGGAUGAGUUACAUUCUGCGUAAGCAGAACAUCAAGGAGAAUCUGAGGAUGACGACGAUGAUUAAGAAGGCGAAACGCGAGGAGGAUAUACAAACGAGUCCUAAGAGCAGGCAUUACGUCAGGAAGGGGUUCCUGGUGGACGUACAGAACUUGCUGCACGUUCCGGCACAACCGAGACCGCCGAACAGCCCGCCUGUCUCGCCGAGCAAAGUCAAAUUUCACUCCUUCGUCAAGGCUAGUCGUACGCUCGCAAGUGGCGAAUAUCUUCUACCAUGUCCGAGAUGCAGAUUUCCCUGCCAUGUGGACAGCGAGAAGAACGUGGGAACCUGCUCGAGGCAAGGCUGCUCCAUCGAAUUCUGCAUCUCCUGCUCAUCGAAGCCGCAUACGGGCCCGUGCAAAACGCCUUUAUUGGCCACCCCGACGAAACGUAACAAUAAACGUCUCAUCGUCGGUUCGAGGCAGAGCAAGCGGAAUCUGCGGCGAUUAUAAAGCGACAUCCUCUGAUUUUACACCUUGAUCGCAUUCGGGGGAGAGAAAAACUAGUCCAGUUACAGAGUCGCAUCGACUCUAUACCGAGAGGGAAAUGUGUAUUAUAGACGAUAUAUUGUAGACGUCGAGAAUCAAAAGUAAUUUUAUACAGAUACAAUUAAACGUAAAUUAAUAUUUAAGCGAUUAAUACUUCUUGUUAGCCCAAUGAUCGUUCGAACAGGAACUGGCGCAAUGGCGACGUAAUCUGUGCAUCGAGAUGAAUUCGGUUGCAUCACCCGUAUGGUUCAUUAAUAUAUCUUUGCAGAAAAAGUGCCUUAACUGUGCCUUUCUGUAAUAUUUUAUCUGGUAAAAAAGAGGUGGUACGCACAAGCGUAUGUCGUCGUAAAUUCCGCUUAUACAUGAUUUUUAAGCGCUAUAAAAUUAGAGAACACCCUAAUUUGCCUCAUCCAUCGACACUAUGUGGACUAAUGAUCGAACUAUGAUCUAAAUCUCUGGAAUGAUGACAGCGGAGUAACCGAAUCAUCCUCCAGUCCUCUUCUUCCUAGAUCUUCGGAACAACCUUUACUCUGGACUCUGCAAAGAGACGUGGAAAGAGAGAGAGAAAGAGAUAAAUAGAAGGGACGAGAAAACAAGGAAUUAGCAGUUAAAGGGAGUUACCUGCGAGGAAUGGAGAAAGGAAGAGAACGAGAAUGCGAGAGGGGAAAGAGAAUUGAGAAACCAUAAAAGCAACGGUCGUAAAACCCCGUAAGAGGGACCGGUGAAACACUUUGCGCCGCCCGGAUAUUCCGCUUUUUACCCGGCGCUCUCGGUUCCAUAAUGAAGUCGAGGAAAGUCGAUCGCGGUUCCGCGCGCGUUUCUUGCGGCCGAAGCCCGUCCGCAGAAGCCGCUCUUCUCUCAUUCUCUCUGUCGCGCGCACGCGGAAUCAUCCUGUAAAACACGAUAACUGCUGGGACGAUCGUGGCGCGCGAACUCGACGUCCAUCGGGACGCGAUUCUCAUUCGUCUAACAUCUUUCACGAGACAUUACGAGAUUUCGAAGUUUCCAAUCUUUGAAGCGAAAAAGAUAUUUCGUUCCUUAUUUGACUCUACUCCACAGUCGAAUUAUUUUAACGAAUCCAUGAAACAGUAGGACGGAUUAUGAUAAAAUCGAUAAUUAUUUGAGGGAUGAUUCCAAGGCUGCGUUCCGAUAUUCAUUGCCAAUAGUGAAAAUCUAUAGUAUACAUGACGUAAACUAUAGAAUUUCUGUAUUGGCAGUAACUAUUGGAACGCAGCCCAAGAAAUAUGUUCAGUGCACUGUUGUCUUUUGUCACAUAUAGAAUGUUCAUAGUGACAAAUGAAACAAUUAGGUUAAGAAAUCAGAUACUUUUCUUAAAACUAAUUUUCUAAAUUUUGUAGCAUGUUAUUCCCGGUAUUAUACCCUGUUAUAAAUUUGUCUCUUCAAUUCUAAUUACAUAGAUAUAUAAUUUGCAAACAUCUACACAUUCUUCUCUCUCUGAUGCAAGCCUAUAUUUACGUGCACCCGAUCGUUUUGCUCGAAUCGUUCAAGAAGUAUUAUCGAAAUUGCAUAGCAGUAGGAGAAACAGAAGGCUAAGUGCAAGGAUGCGAAAAUAUUAGUGUUAGAGCAGAAAAUAAAUAAGAAAAGACCGUCAUCGGAAAAGAUGGAGCGCACUCGAUGAUGACAAUCAUAUAAUCGGCAAAAGAAUUAUCAUUCCGCAAAUAUGGUUGAAACAUUUUAAUAUUUCCGUCUUAGAUUAUUGAAUAAACUAAUUGAAGAUUUUAUGCCGAAACGAGGAAUUUAAUGUUUAUAAGAGAAAAAAACACUCCUCUCUUUGCUCCGUAUUUCCUGACGUCAAAUAGCCGGUACAAAGAAUUAUACCAUUUGUGCCAUGUUUAAGUUUCCCUUCUCCGUCCUCCCCUGCGCCAUAAGAAUUGCCAUAUUUUAAAAACUGAUAUAAUUAUGAGAGAAAGAAAGAUCGAGCGUUUCAGCAUCUUUCAUCCUCGAGUAAAGCCCUUAAUGGGGUGCCAUAUUCUAUUUUCGUUUUUUUUGUUUGUAUAUUUUCCUUUUUUUAAUUUCCCUUUUUAAUUAAGUCUCUCUACAUUUUUCUUAUCUUUUAAAUGAGUGCUAGUUUAUCUCAUUUGUAUUGUUGUUUCUGUAGCGGUGCAUAUACGAAAAAAAAAGACUGUAUGUAAAUAAUCGAGCAAUCGAGUAAUAGUAAUAUAUUUCGUGUCAGUACCGAGCGCAAAGUCGCGUGGUCGAUAUUUUAUUUACGCUACAUUCUUAAAACGAUAUAAAAAAGUACGAUUGUUAUAUUAUAUAAUUCAAAUGAUAUCUCAUGGAUAUCUCGUUUCAUGGAUGUGCUUCGAAAAGAAAAGAUUAAUAUAGGAUAAAUAUUUUAGGCUAACAUUGUUUCAGUAAAAUUAUCAUUUAUAAUAUAGCAAAACAAGCAACAAAAAUCUUAUCAUUUGCUUUGUUAAUGUCAAAUAAAUCUGCUUCAUUAAUGCUCUCUUUAUGCUCUCUAAAAAAAAUAGAUGUAGAAACAUUUGUGCGUCUUCGAUAAAAAUAUUGAUCACGAAAUAAUCCGAGUGAGAAAAUGUUAUUAAUAAUAUCAUGAUUUACUCGUGAUUAUGCAUGAUUCACACACGCGCACAAAGAUACUCAUUAAAAUCUUUUAAAUUAUUUAUUUCCAAUAUUUUAUAUCAUUACUUCUUUAAAUCAAACUCGUUAUUUGAUAUUUUAAUUCGAAGACUCGAAUAUUAUUGUCCCGUUUUAUUUUAUAUGUCAUAUUUUAAACAAUAACAUACUUUUUAACCUAUAACAUAUUAAAUUUAUCGCUUUGCAAGAUUGUCUGUGUCACUAAAAAGUAUUAUUAUAGCAUUUUUAUAUAAGAAAAAUCCGAUUGUUUUGAUAUUAAUUCGCGAUUACAACUUGCACAGGUUAAUGCAAUAAGAAGUUGAAUAUUUUUUUUUUUCAUCUUUAAUACUCAAAAAUUAUUUUGGCAAUAAUCCAAUGCGUUUAUUAGAUUAAGCUAUAUUUAAAAAAAAAAAGAAAUUUGUUUA